UUAGUAUAAAAAGCCGUCAGACAUUGAUGCUGAGGGAUACAGACUAAAAGAGAACGCACAGGGAUAUAACGUGUUUGAAUAUCGCUCUACGGGUUUUUAAUUUGCUGUUAAAAAGCCUGACACACGACGACAGCGAAAAUGGGUACCGAAGUGGAUAUGAAAGAUGUGGAGCUGAACGAAGUGGAGCAGGAGAAACAGCCGAUGACUGCCGGAGAGGCAGGUAACGGAGAGGCCACCUCUCCGACCGGCACAGAGACAAACGGCAUUGUGAAGGUGAAGAUUGCCGAUGAUACGGAGACUAAAUUCACCGGGCUGUCAAAAGAGGAGCUCCUUAAAGUGGCAGGCACUCCUGGAUGGGUGCGGACUCGCUGGGCCCUGCUCAUCCUGUUCUGGCUGGGUUGGUUGGGGAUGCUGGCCGGGGCCGUCGGCAUAAUCAUCCAGGCUCCUCGCUGCAAACCGCUCCCAGAGAUGAACUGGUGGAAUCAAGGACCACUGUACGAAAUUGGCGAUGUGGCGGCCUUCUCUGAGAACCUUGACGGGUUGAAGCAGAAGAUUGAUACGCUUGCUCAGCUGAAGGUGAAGGGCUUGGUGGUCGGACCCAUCCACAAGGCCCCCGCAGACAAUGAGAUGGAGCUGGACUUGGACACUGUGUCCGUAGCAGGGGACCUGACUCAGUUCAAAGCGCUGAUCGAUGUUGCACACAAAAAGAGCAUCAAUGUGGUUCUGGAUUUGACUCCCAACUACCUGGGGGAGAACCGCUGGUUCGACAACAUGAUGACUGUGGCUGAGAAAAUGAAGGUGGCCCUGAUUCGCUGGCAGAAGCAAGGAGUGGAUGGCUUCAAGUUCUCUGGGUUCGAGCGUGUCGCUGAUAUUGCUCCUGAGACGUGGGCGGAAAUCCGUGGGAUUGUUCAAGGCCAAAACACCACUGAGGAAAUAAGGAGGGUCCUCAUUGGUGUGACUGAGAAAAGCACUCCUGCAGAGGUGGGCAGCUUGUUGAACAGCUCUGGAGUGGACCUUCUGCUCUCUGGCGUUCUUCGUGCCAACAGCAAGACUGGCACACAGGUUGCUAGCGCCGUGCAGCAGCUCUACGACACUCAGAACCAGACCAAGCUGGCAUGGAACGUGGGCGACCGGGAGCAGGGCCACCUGGCAUCACUGGUGGGCUCCAGCUUGGUGAAGUUUAACCAGAUGCUGCUGCUCACACUGCCUGGCACACCAGUGUUCAAUUACGGAGAUGAGAUCGGUCUGGAGGAUACGGACACCAAGUUCCCGCAAAUGAUCUGGUACUCGCCUGAAGAUGAAGAAACAUUGAAUGGAACUGCUAAGGAUGAGAUGGACGCGCGUAUCUCUCUGCGCAAAUUCUUUAAGUCCCUGAGCGAGCUGCGGGCGAAGGAGCGUUCUCUGCUGCACGGCGAGUACGUACCACUCCACAGCAACAACGCCACACUGGCCUACCUGCGCAGCUGGGACCAGAGCGAACGCUACCUGGUCGCCUUCAACUGGGGGCCCGACAAGGCCACCCUCAAGCUGGAGCACGCUCAGCUGCCGGAGCAGGCCAAGGUGACGGUCAGCACAGACCCCGAAGUGUUGAAGCCUGGAGAUCUGGUGGACCUGCAAAGUCUGGAGCUGGGCCCAGGCCAAGCUGCCCUGCUGCAGUUCCCUUACCUGGGUUAGUGUUAACCCAGAACCAUUUCAAAGGUUUUUUUUAUUUAUUUUUUUUUUAAUUUAAAACCCUGGCAGUUUAAUUGUAUUUUAUUUGUAAUGGGCAUUCUGUUACUAUUGGUUUUAUGUAACUUUUUAAAAAAGAUGCUCAAUGCACUGAACACGUUAUACACUGAUCAGAUUAUGCUUGAAGAAAACAUGUCGUAAAAAUGCACACUACCAACACUAUAAAGCAGUCCCCAGUUCCAACACUGGUACCUCAAAUGUGGCAUGCAUCCAGAUCUAUAAACGUUAAACGUACUGAUGAGUAUAGUUGUGUACAUUCCAUUGUAGAUUUACUCCAUGAGGCAUAUUCUAGUGCUUGUUGCAUUGUGUCUUUUAUUCUGGACAUUGGAUGCAAAGUGAUCUGUCUGGCAUGUGUGUGUGUCCCCAAACUGAAACAUGCAGUGUAAAGAUCCCAGUGAUCUAGGAUGUUGGUGUUCUAAUGCAAUCCUGUUGACCUCUCCUAUCAAAACCACAGAGCAUGAAAUGUCAUGGAGAAAAUAAACUGAAGCAACUCAAA